CACCACCCCCCUCCCCUCCUACUCACUGCCUGGCCAGAAGGACGGAACCGAGAUCUCCCUCCCGUGUGGCAUCAUCCCGACUGACCGCCGGAGAUAUGGGCUCCCCGUAAAACGGUGGUGGUGGAGGGGAGAGGCAGGCGGGUGGGCGGUGGGAGGGGGGUGGGGGGAGAAGACAGUGGAGCAGCAAGAGGGAGGAGAGGCUGAAAACGGCAACCAGGAACCGAAGCGCUCCGGCCACAGUCACAGCUUCUACUACUACUACUACAGCUAGCACCGCCGCCACCGCUGCCGCCGCUGCCGCCGCCCUGGGUGCCCUCCGCCACCGCCAUGGGAACUCCGCAUCAGUCGCUCCAACCGCUGCUUCAUCUGUGGGCCAUGUCGUGAUCCGUGGGCACCGCCAGCGGGUUUUCUAUCCGUGAUCCCGACCGAGGCGAGAGGAGGAGGAAGAGAAGAAGAAAGGUGGUGGUGGCAGGGAAGAUGUUCGCCUCGGCGGGCCCUCGGGGCGGCCCGCGCCCACCGGUGGCCCCGGCCAUCCCGGAGCCGGACCUCAGCCAUCUGACGGAGGACGAGAGGAAGAUCAUCAUGGCUGUGCUAGCUCGGCAACGGGAGGAGGAGGCGAAGGAGGAGGCCAUGUUAAAAGAAGAGAAGCCCAUCCAAGCAAGAACGGUGAACCUGGUUAGCCAGAAGAAACCUCCACAGCAAAAUGACGUCAGAGGUAUCCAGCAGCAGUUGUCCAGUUACAGGGAGACAGUGAUCCGGCAGGCCACGGCAGCAGCGGGCUCAGCCGUUCAUCGGGACGACGCACCAACCUGUGGCAUCUGCCAUAAAACCAAGUUUGCAGAUGGCUGUGGGAACCUGUGCUCGUAUUGCCAGACAAAGUUCUGUGCCCGCUGUGGGGGUCGAGUGUCCCUACGAUCCAACACGGAAGACAAAGUGGUGAUCUGGGUGUGCAAUAACUGUCGCAAGCAGCAGGAGAUCCUGACCAAACCAGGUGAUUGGUUCACCGGUCCGCCUGGGAAGCCUGCUGGCCUGGGAUCAGCCGUGAGCGAGCCGUCCGUGUGCCAAACACCUGGGGAUAAGAAGCUGCGAUCCCACUCUCAAGUACCCGCAGGCUCCAUCGCUAUAAUCCAAGAUCCCAGCCGACCGGGCGUACUUGGGACCACACCUGGCACAGAUGCUCGGUCACUAAGUGAGCCACCACGGGACACGAGAAAUGGACGGGGAGGUGGCGGAGCAGGCCGGGGAGAGCGGCGGUCAGGUCAGCCCAGGCUGCAAACCCAGGUCUCCAUGGAUCGGGACCUUCGGGGGGAGCCCAGGGAGCGCAGGGAAAGCCGGCGGCUGGCGAAAGGACGGUCGCUGGAGCACGAUCCUGUUGGAGGUGUAGGAGUAAGACGGACAGAGGAGGGGGGUCACCACCACGUGGACCACAGCGGUGCCCCCCCUCGACAAGCAGGGCUGUUCCCACCUGGAGGCAGGGGACAACCCUUGCCACCACAGGGUCGUGGCAUGGGCGUGGGGGACGUUGGGGAUGGGGCUCGGCCUGGACAGAGGACGGCGGGUGGGGUUGGCGGGCUGCAUGAACCCACUCUUUCACAGCAAGCCCCUCCCCCUGAACUCAGAGAACCUCCUGGUACGGGCCCCGGCUCAACCAAUAGCCAAGGACCUGGAGUGAGACGGACCAAACGGGAAAAGGCCGAGAGCAUGCUGCGCAACGAUUCGCUCAGCUCCGACCAAUCAGAAUCUCUGCGGCCACCUCCUCCGCGGCCCUACAAGUCCAAACGGGGGCUGGGGGCCGGGGGGAAGAGACAAACCAGCGUCAGCAGUUCAGAGGAGGAGGGAGGGACCACGCCAGAGUACAGCAGCUGUGAGGAUGCUGAGAUUGAAAGCGUCAGCGGGGGAGGCGACUGGGAGUGUUACCCACAUGACCCCACGGUAUGGCAUCAUCCAGUAACCUGGCAGCCGUCCAAGGAGGGAGACCAUCUGAUUGGACGAAUCACCCUCAGCAAGAGGAGUGCGACCAUGCCUAAAGAAGCUGGAGCGUUGCUGGGAUUAAAGGUGGUGGGAGGGAGAGUAACAGAAUCAGGGAGAUUGGGUGCCUUCAUCACCAAAGUAAAGAAGGGAAGCCUGGCCGAUGUGGUGGGGCAUCUCAGAGCAGGGGAUGAGGUUUUGCAAUGGAAUGGGAAGCUGUUACCAGGGGCAACGAUGAAGGAAGUCUACAACAUCAUCCUGGAGUCUCAAUCUGAGCCACAAGUGGAGCUGGUGGUGUCCAGGCCUAUUGGGGUGUAUAGAAAAUAUCAUGAUAUUCCAAGAAUCCCCGACACGUCCCACCCUCCAUUAGAAUCUACAGGUUCCAGUUCUUUUGAGUCCCAGAAGAUGGAGAGACCAUCCUUAAAUGUCCUGUCUCCCUCCAGUCCUGGGAUGCUGCGAGAUGCUCCACAUUUGAUGCCAGGGCAGCUCUCGGUGAAACUGUGGUACGACAAAGUGGGUCACCAGUUAAUUGUCAACGUACUGCAGGCGGUGGAGCUCCCUCUUCGGCCUGAUGGGCGGCCCAGGAGCCCAUAUGUCAAAAUGUACUUCCUCCCUGACCGCAGUGACAAAAGCAAACGAAGGACAAAAACAGUGAAGAAGACCUGUGAGCCAAAGUGGAACCAAACCUUCGUCUACACUCAUGUCCAUCGAAAGGAUUUCCGCAACCACAUGCUGGAGCUAACUGUGUGGGAUCAACCCAGAUCGCCAGAGGAGAGCAGCACCUUUAUGGGAGAGAUCUUGAUAGAGCUGGAGACGGCCUUACUUGACGACAAGCCUCACUGGUAUCCACUCCAAACCCAUGAUGUCUCAUCCAUCCCGCUGCCUCGACCAUCCCCCUUCUUGCCCAGACGACACACCAACACAGACACCCCUGGAAAGAAACUGCAGCGUUCUCAGCGUGUAACAGAGGCUGAAUAUGAUGAUGGUACAGCAGUAGUAUCUAAAGCGGAUGGGCGUGGCAGGGAGAGGCAGCGAGAGUCCACAUCUACCCUUGAGGUGCCUGAACAGCAGCGAACGCCCUCCCAUCACAUCCGUUCCCGCUCAGUGUCCCCGCACCGUGAGGAGCAGGGACGCAUCCGGUCACGGCCACCCAACGUUCCCACCCAGAGGAGUCUGGAUGACGAGCUUCCUUACACUCGUCGUUCUCGUUCUCCGACACGUAACUACGACGCUGCCCGAGGCCACCAUCUGGACGAAGAGUACCUGGACGACAGUGAGGUCAUCAUGAUCCACCAGUCAAUGCGAGGCAAAAGUGCAGAGUGCCUGCACAUCAGUGAUCUGCAGCCUUCUCUGGACAGGGUUAGAAGCGCUAGCACCAACUGUCUGACUCCAAACAAUCAUGCCCCCUCACCAGAGACUGAAAGAAAAUCUUUUUCCCAUUCCCUGCCACGAAGACGCCCAGCAAGUCCCAGGAUUCUUAUUCAGCAUGCUUCCCCUGAAGAUGACAGGCAGCCUCAGACCCUGGAACCCCCUGAAUGUCAGACUUAUGGCAGGAAGCUGUCUGACAGUGGCAGGGGCCAUCUACAAGGUGGCACGUCACGCCACACCUCAGUGGCGUCCUCGUCAGCGCGCAGAGUAAGGCAGCUUCCACAACUUCCACCUCAGAGCAGCACCGUAGAACAAGCCCUGGUAGCAGAGGAGCGUGUUCGUGAGCUCAAGAUAAGGGUUCAUUCUAACCGGACAUCAGCUGCCGGCACCUCCAGCCAACAGGAUCUCGAUCGAGCCCUCAAGAACAAGCGAGAGCUCUAUAAGGACCAGAGAAGAAGUAGUGAAAAUGUUUCCCAUAAAUCCUCAGACAGUGAUGUCAGCGAUGUGUCAGCCAUUUCUCGAACCAGCAGUGCCUCUCGCAUUAGUAGCACCAGCUACAUGUCCAUCCAGUCAGAGCGACCUCGUGGACGCUUCAGCAGAGCUAUGCGUCCGUCGGGCCGCCACAUGAUGAAGAGCACCAGUGUGAGCGGUGAGAUUUAUGGCAUGGAGCAUGCUGAUGGCAGCCAAUCAGAUACGGCGCUCGGGAGCCUGGGGAUCAAGAAGCGACGCUCGAGCCUGAGUCAACGUGUCGCCUCCAUCCUGCCUUCGAAACGGAGUCAGAGUACCUCACAGCUCAGUCAGACAGAGGCAGCGGGUAAGGCGGUGGACAGACAGAAAGAAGCAUCGGCAGGUAAGAAAGUUAGUAAGGCCGGCAGCAGCAGCAUCCAGAGGAGCGUGGAAACGGGCAUGGCGGUGGAAUAUCCACGAGGAGGAUCGGCCAUGAACCGGCAGGCCAGCAGGGAGUCCACUGAUGGCAGCAUGAACAGUUACAGCUCUGAGGGGAAUUUGAUCUUCUCAGGUAUGCGUUUGGGGGCCGACAGUCAGUUCAGUGACUUUCUGGAUGGAUUAGGCCCUGGUCAGCUCGUUGGCCGGCAAACACUGGCAACACCUGCUAUGGGUGAUGUUCAGAUUGGUUUGAUGGAUAAGAAAGGUCAGCUGGAGGUAGAGGUGAUCAGGGCCCGAGGCCUUACCCCCAAACCAGGCUCCAAAUCCCUCCCAGCUCCUUACGUCAAGGUUUACCUGCUAGAAAAUGGAACAUGUAAAGCCAAAAAGAAAACCAAGAUUGCACGCAAAACUCUGGAGCCGCUCUACCAGCAGCACCUGCUUUUUGACGAGAGUCCACAGGGCAAGGUGCUUCAGGUGAUAGUAUGGGGCGACUAUGGACGACUGGACCACAAAUGUUUCAUGGGUGUAGCACAGAUCUUGUUGGAGGAGCUGGACCUCUCAAGCACGGUGAUUGACUGGUACAAACUGUUUCCACCAUCCUCAUUGGUGGACCCGACAUUAGCUCCGCUUACACGGUUAGCUUCCCAGACAUCACUGGACAGCUCAGGACCGCCGCCGGGCGUUCGGUCCUAGUGACCGAAGGGCGACUGCCUACUCCCAAAUACCCCUGAAAUGAUCAGAUAAUGGACCACAAUCGCUGGACCACAACUGAGCAGAGGGUGGAAACGCCCCGAGGAUGACACAGAGAAGCCCUCGAUCAACCAAUGAAAAGCCAGACGGAGAGACAGGGACUGAGAGAGAGAGAAAAGAGAGGGAGAGACAGAACUAGCCAAUCAAAGCUUAACUGGAGUCUGACAAUCAUGUCUCACACCUUCCCUCUUCCUCCUCCAUGCAUCUUUUUGUUUUCAGUGUCGCUUUCUUUGUUUUUCCACCAGGCUGCAGCUAUGGUGGAUUCCUAUCCAACAUUCUUCACUUUUUUCCAUCAUGUCUUUGAUUCCUCCUUAAUUUCUUGUUUCAGAGCACCCGAUCAACGUGGAAUGCUUCACCUAGUUUCCCUUCAGUCAACAAGAGUAUAAAUUACUGCUAGGCCACAGGAAAGAGUGUGUUUAGUAAGUAGCAAACUGUUGGAGCUUCUUGCAACUAUUUAGCCAAGGUUAGCUGCUGUUGCUGCAGCUGUCGUCACGGCAACCUUGUCACAGAAGAAGCGUGAGGGGCAGCAGUCUGAUAGGACUUGACAGGAACAUGAGCCUGUACGUACAUGUGCACACUAUGAAAAAAAUGAAAGGAAGCACAAAAAAGUACUUGACUCCUUCAUUCAGACAGAAUGGCAAAAACAUUUUAGUGUCUAAACACAAAGGAGAGAAAAGUGAGGCCAAAUGAAUCAUUAGCUUCUUAUUUUUUAUUUAGGAUCAUAUUUUUUACGACUUUGUUUUCCUGAAGUGUUCAGAACGGUACCACAGGGUGCAGACUCCCUCUGUUUAAGCGGAUGGUUUUUUUAACAGUGUCGAACCAAACGCUGAAGAUAAAGGUCUGGUCACAUUUGCUUGGACGCCCCUUCACCCAGCCCCUUUCCUCCUGACCCCCCCUUCAAACUCCCCCUGUUGGAGGGAGCAGCAUGACUCGGGGACGAGGCGCCCUGGCCCCAAGCUGCAUGCAUGUUUCUUUCGUUCCGUUUGUUUCGUUCUUUUGUUUCGUUCUCUACUUUUUUGUAAAAUGGAAAGACGAGACAAAUUAACAAAUGAUCCUCAAAAAACAAAAAGAGAAAAAAAGACUAGACUAUGUGUGUUAGUUCCACAUACUUUUAGGCCAGCUUGUAUGUUGCAUGUUCUUGUACAGUUUGCUCGUACUGAAUAUGAAUACAGAGAAAAGCCAAGCCAUCCCCGCCCCCUAACAGGAGCGGACCAAUAGCAGGGGGAUCAACUUCACCCAGGCCUCGCCUACCACUUUGGGUAUAAAUAUCCAUAUUAGAAAGUCUCCAGAAAAGAAAAAAUAGUCUUUGUUUCAGUUUUUCUUUAAACCCUAUGAACAACAGUGCUGUUUUGUAGUACUGAGCAUACUCAAGCCCCUGACUGAGGAUGUAGGUGUCUAAAACUGUAGUUUAAGACAGUUGGGGCUAGAGACAGAGAUAUAGAAUGUGUGUAUAACAGCUAAAUGUAUAUGAAGUAUCAUUAUGAGUUUGACAGAAAUUAUAAAGAUAUAGUUAUAUGAAUAUAAAAAGAGUGUAUCUGACUUAACACCCGUUACCAACAAACACACACACACAAACGCACCUUGUACAUACAAAUCAGGAUGAGCAGCUUGAACUUAAAUUAUGAAAAAAAACAAAACAUGACUGACACACAAACAUUCCUGGUCUCGUUGAGGGGAAUUUGCUUACGGUGCUUGAGCCGCUGAGCGGCACCGAGCCACAAGGUGGGGGGGCACCAAUAAGGCCUUUGUUUUGGACCCAGAUGCAGAAAAAGAAACAGAAUCAAUUGGAACAAAGUUGGGUUUUUUCUCCUUAAGUCAUCCUUUUUUCCCUGUUUAUGACUAUGGUUUGGACUGGACUUCUAAAGCCAAUGAGAAAUCUGGCUUUGCAGACAUAUUUUGUAGAUUUUUUCUUUAAUCCUUGGCGGUGUGGCCAACUGCCCUUUCCUUUGUCAGUAUUACUUCAAGAAUACUGAUUGUUUACAGCCCAUGGCUCCCAAACCACGAUUCUUAAUGAAAGACAAAGUAUUCACUGCAACAGUUCUUGUUUGUAUAACAGAUGUGGCUCUACUGAUGUGUAUGUUUUAUAUUCAAGAGUUCAUUUUUAUUAUUUACAAAUAAAAGACUGUGUGGAAGAA